AUGAAUGAAAAUGCUUAUUCAGUUUUCUUCCUCAUGAGUGGUGAUCACCCGGGUUUGAUUCUUGUUACUCAUACCCUUUCUGGAUCCAAUUUUAAUUCCUGGCAUCGUGCAAUGAUUCUUGCCCUGACUACCAAGAACAAAUUGGCGUUUGAGGAUGUUUCUUUACCUCGUCCUCCAUCUAAUGAUCUUCUUUUUUCUUCUUGGAAUCGCUGUAAUUUCAUGGUCAUAUCACGAUUAUUGAAUUCUGUUGCCAACGAUAUAGCUGAUAAUCUAUUGUAUUUUUCAAAUGCUUCUGAAGGUUCACUUGAUAUCAACAGCUAUAAAAAUAAAUUGAAAUCUCUAUGGGACGAACUUCAAGAUUACCUUCCUCUUCAACGAUGCACUUGUGGUACACUUCGAGAGAUGAUUUCUCGGAAUGAGCAAGACCAUGUUCUUCAGUUCUUAAUCAGACUUAAUGAUUCCUUCUUCGCUGCCAGUGCUCAGAUCUUACUGAUUGAUCUGUUGCCUUCUCUUGCAAAGGUUUUCUCAAUGAUUCUUCAGGAAGAACGUCAACGUUAA